AGAGCCAAUCAAAGGGAGUCGGCUGCAACACAUCCAUCCUGCGUGGAGCCCUGUGGGCCACAGAAGGCGCUAGGAAAAUCACGGAGCUGGGACCUUACCACACUUCUGUCUCUCUCUCUCUUUCUCCCAGACUUCUUUCUCCGCGCGCGUCCUUCCCAGAAAUGCGCGUAAAGGCGAGAGGGCGCCUGGAGUGUGCGUAAAAAAAAGAAAGAAAGAAAAAAAAAAAAAAACGACACGGAAGGGUUAGGAUUACAGGAGGGGAAUAUUUCAACACGACAAGACGCCGAUUGAGGACGUUGUUUUUUUUUUUUUGGUUGAUUUUUUUUUGUUGUCAUUUUGUGCCCGGGAAUGGCGACGCUCUGACCGGGGAAGAAUAAUGCACGGCGACGCGCCCGAGUUGGUUUGAUUCCACUCACCGCGCGUCCGUGUCGAACAAAAAGUCCACGGCGGCGAACAUCCUCAUCUUCAUCAUCCCUGCGAGUUUGAAGGACUUCUUCAACAUUUUACCCCCCCUCCUCCCUCCUUCUUUUUUUAUUCCAAACUCUCCUUUAAGUGCGCACUUGGUUGCGAAGCACUUGGAUGAACUUCCUGAUGAGAGAUCCAGUCAUCCAGGGCUCGAGUAUGGCGUAUCAUCCGUUUAUACCUCACCGGGGUCCGGACUUUGCCAUGAGCGCCAUGCUGGGCCACCAGCCUCCCUUCUUCCCCGCGCUGGCGCUGCCUCCCAGCGGCUCGCUCUCGCUGGGCAAGCCGAUCAUGGAGCAGCUGAUGGGGGGAGCGGCGGACGCCGGGCUGCACUUCUCCUCGCUGGGCCACCAGGCAGCCGCAGCCGCCGCCGCCGCCGCCGCCGCGCACCUCCGGCCUCUGAAGAGCCUGGAGCCCGAGGAGGAGGUGGAGGACGACCCCAAAGUCCACUUGGAAGCCAAGGAGCUGUGGGAGCUCUUCCACAAGCGGGGCACCGAAAUGGUGAUCACCAAAUCUGGAAGGCGGAUGUUCCCCCCUUUCAAGGUGAGGUGCACCGGCCUGGACAAGAAGGCCAAGUACAUCCUCCUGAUGGACAUCGUGGCGGCGGACGACUGCAGGUACAAGUUCCACAACUCCCGCUGGAUGGUGGCGGGCAAGGCCGACCCGGAGAUGCCCAAGAGGAUGUACAUCCACCCGGACAGCCCCGCCACCGGCGAGCAGUGGAUGUCCAAAGUGGUCAACUUCCACAAGCUCAAGCUGACCAACAACAUCUCCGACAAGCAUGGAUUUGUAAGUUCUACUAAUACCAUAUUGAACUCCAUGCACAAAUAUCAGCCUCGCUUUCACAUCGUGAGGGCGAACGACAUCCUCAAGCUGCCCUACAGCACCUUCAGGACGUACGUCUUCCCGGAGACGGACUUCAUCGCGGUGACUGCUUAUCAGAACGACAAGAUAACUCAGCUUAAAAUUGACCAUAACCCUUUUGCCAAAGGCUUCCGUGACACAGGCAAUGGCCGACGGGAAAAAAGGAAACAAUUGGCCCUGCAGUCCAUUCGCUCCUAUGAGGAGCAGCAGAAGAAGGAGAACGGAGCUUCGGACGACUCCUCAGGAGAGCAGGCCCCCUUCAAAUGCUUCGGGCAGGCCUCCUCCCCUGCAGUGUCGACCGUGGGGCCCCCACACCUGAAAGACUUCUGCGACAGCGACGAGGACAGUGACGACGAGAGCAAAGAUGGCCACGUCAAAGACGGCGCGGACUCCAGCAAGAUCUCCACCACGACGGAGGACGGAAAAGAUCACGAGGCCAGCCCGGCGAAGAGCCACCUGUUCGGGGUAGGAGGAGGAGGAGGAGGAGGAGGGGUCGGCGGCGGAGACCCCAGCGGGCGAACCCGUGACGGCAGCCCGAGGACAGAGCGAGGCCGCUCGGACUCGCGACAAAGCCCCGUCACCGUCAUCUCCAGCACGACUCGCUCCGGGGAGGACGUGAAGAGCCCGAGUUUGGAGCCGGCCAAGGAGGACGAUUGCCGGCCGCUGGGCAAGGACUCGUUCGUGCCUCUGAGCGUGCAGACGGAGGGCGCCCACAUGGGCCACAGCCACCUGCCCAACUUCGGAUUUCCCAGCGGGCUGACGGGACAGCAGUUUUUCAACCACUUAGGCGGCGCGCACCCGUUCCUCCUCCACCCGGGCCAGUUCAACAUGGGGGGCGCCUUCUCAAACAUGGCCGCGGGGAUGGGGCCUCUGCUGGCGGCCGUGUCCACGGGAGGGGUGAGCACCAUGGACACCAGCAGCAUGGCGUCCUCCCCUCAGAGCUUGGCUGGAGCUCCGGGCCUGCCCUUCCAUCUGCAGCAACACGUCCUGGCCUCGCAGGGCCUGGCCAUGUCCCCCUUCGGAAGUCUCUUCCCCUAUCCCUACACGUAUAUGGCGGCGGCCGCGGCCGCGUCAUCCGCCGCAGCCGCCGCCGCCGCCGCCGCCGCCUCCUCGUCAUCGACCUCUUCGGUGCACCGGCACCCCUUCCUGAACGCGGUGCGCCCCCGACUCAGGUACAACCCCUACUCCCUGCCUAUGACGGUACCGGACAGCACCCUGCUCACCACCGCCACCAUGCCCCCCCUGGCAGGGGCUGACCUAAAGGGGGACGCCCUGAUCCCGUCCAGCCCCGUGUCGGCAGGCGGGGUCACGCUGGACUCCACGUCGGAGGUGACGAGUCGCACGAGUCGCUCGGUGUCGCCCAAAACUUGCACGGAGAAAGAGGGCGCCAGCGAGCUGCAGAGCAUUCAACGCCUGGUCAGCGGACUGGACUCGCACCAGGACAGGUCAAGAAGCGGCUCGCCUUAAGGGGGACGCCUGCACCCCCCCUCACCAACCCUUUUUCCCCUCAACUACACUUUUUAUUUACCAUUUUCAUUUUCGACGCAUCCCAAAUGUUGGAAAUGAUGAACAGGAGAUGAAUGCAGAUUUUGAAAGGAAAAAGAACUGUUUUAGUUUCUGAAAUGCACUUUGGUUUAAUACACAUCUGUAUUUUUUUCUUUUCUUGUUAAAUUAAAAAAAAAAAACACUUAACCUGUCAUUUUGAAUACCGUACAAGUAUUGUAAGUGAAAAGUGGUCAUUGCGGGGUUGGGACAUUUUUUUUUUAAGUUGCUGCUGACUCCUAACUUCAUACUUACACACGAUAAAAGUGUUUUUUUUAAUGUACUUUCCCAAUAUGCACUCUGAAUUUACACAUUUCCACUAAACAUAACCUACCUUUAAGAGACUGCUGUAUUUUCUUGUUCUAUUAAGUCACUAAUUGGCCAAAAAAAGCCCUUUUUUCCCUCCCGUUGAGAAUGUUCUUUUGAAAUUUCAACACUAAAUUAUUUUUUUUUUAAAUUGGAGGAAAAUACAAUUUAAACAAAAAUAAAAACAGCUCUUUAAUUGGAUUAUAUAUACUUUUUUUAAUUAUUAUUUUAUUUUUUUCCAAUUGGGCAACAAAAUAGACAAUUCUAAAUGUUAAAAAAAAAUAAAAGGAGGGGAAAACAUUUAUUUAAUUUUUUUUUUUUCCUUUUGAACAAAAUAACCACAUCUCUUUAAUUAGAAAUACACAUUUUCUUCAUUUCUUCUUUUUAAUUCUAUCGACAACAACAACAAAAAAAAGGCCACAAAGUUCAACACGCAAAGGGAAGCAGAAAAUUCAAAAUGUAAAAAUACAAAAAAAUACAAAACAAAAAAAAAGUAGUAUUGAUCCUACAUGUACAUAUGGAUAUAUAAAAUAUUUAUGUAUAAUUAUUUCAUAUUGUUGCGUGUAAAUAAAAAAAAAAGUAGUUUGUUCUAGGGAUCUGUUCUUAAUUUAUUGUCAAUAUAUCUGUGUAAUAAUAAUAAUAAUAAUAAUAAUAAUAGUUUGUGGGCUAUUAUCCUUUUUUGGUUCCCAUCUACAUUUAUAACCCCAUUCUUAAAACAACAAAAAAAAACUUAAAAUAUGGAUUUUAUUCCUCCCUUAAUAUCCACUCUGCUAGUUACUCACACUCCACGUGCCAUUGUAUUUUUCACUUGUUGUCCUCUCAGUGUGUGCGCGCGCGCGCGUGCGUGUUUGUGUGUGACGCGCUACUGUUUUUAAAGCGACGACAACCGCACCGAUGGCUUGAAUUUUUUUUUUUAAUUAUUAUUAAUAAAAUUAUUUUUAGAAAAAGCAAAACAAAUGUUCGAGUUGGAUUCAUUACAAAUAAAGGUGGAUUUUUUUUUAUUUUUUUUUUCCCAGUUAUGGAAAUUUUGUAAAUCCGCGGUCGUUAAAAAAAAAAAGUGGCGCAUAAUCUUUCAAGAAAAUAUGAAGGUUUCAUUUCCGUUUUGUUUGUGUUUCUUAUCCUUGGGUUGUAUCAGAUUUCUGUCUAGUUUACAACAUCGUGUUCUUGAAAGUUUCAAUAAAACAUUGAAAUGUC